CGCCGAUUCCUACUCCGUUCUUCCAUGAGAUCAAAUACACUAGUCAAGCUGCAACAGCAUGCCAGUACCUAAAAACCCAUGUUCAGAAUGCAAAAGCAAGCAUCUCAAAUGUGCUGGUGAUGAGGCUGUAUGUACACGAUGUCUCAAGAAAGGACUAGAGUGUGUCCGAUUGGGGCGAAAUCGGCAAUUCAGACAUGGCUCUUCGGCAAAAUACGAUGCCAAGUUCUCAGGAUCUCAGAGCUGGGUGAAUAGUAGUGCCAAAGAGUUCCGUCUACAAACAAGCUCUCGACGCUCAACUCAGAGAAUCGCCUUGGCAGACGAGGCUUCAUCGUCGACAACCACGAGGAGCGGUCCCCAUUUAGAAGAUGGCCAAACUUCGAGUGGGCCUCUUAGCCUUGGACCAGAAGGUUCAUCCUAUUUCCAUCCAGCAACUAGCCAGCCACCUGUCCGUGAGCAGCUACCACAAGGUCCAGCUAUUCCGUCUUUCCAAGUCCAGCCAUCUCAACACCCUUUAGCACUAUCUCAACGUGGUCCAUCUUGGGGCGGCCUGUUACAUGCCCUCGAACCACCGCAUCAAAGAGAUCUGCCAUUAGAAGGCGUUCAAGAAGCAUGCCUCUUACGAUACUUCAUCGAGGAGUUGUCACAUUGGUUCGAUCUAGUUGAUCCGCAGAGGCGAUAUCAACUCGUCGUUCCAGAGCGAGCUCGGCGAUAUCCCCCACUGCUCAAUGCUAUCCUGGCAAUGUCAGCACGGCAUUUAUGCCGCGUCGAAAAGUACAAGACACUCCGAGGAAUUGUAUAUCGCGGCCAACCAUUACCGAAUCUCAGUUCACAUUCGGCAGUUGAGUACAUGCUCAAGUGCAUUCCCGUUCUUAAAGACUUCCAUACCACGGAAGAUGGAGAAACUCGAGAGUUAAUCGUCACAACAGCCGUCAUCCUACGUCACUUUGAAGAGCUUGAUGACGAAGAAGAUGAUGAUCCAGCUCUCGAUACACGGAUAGACGAAGGUGUAAACUUCCUUGCUAUCUUGAACGCUGUUUUACGAAGUCUAACAUCAGAUGAUCUUAUUAACCGUCGAGAGCUACUCAUCGCUUCUUACUGGGUUGCUUUGCGACAAGAAGUAUACUAUGCUCUUCGAAAAGGAUACCCUGCGCAGAUGGUUGAACCACCUGCUGAGUGGUCAGAUAUAUCGCCAGCGAAUAGGAUCGUCUUCCAUACGAGUCAGGUUACUAAGUGGCUGUUUGACGAUAAGUCGGAGAGUGGAUGGCACAAACUCAAAGAGCAGGAGGAAUACCUCGACCAAUAUGUGACCGGCCGUUUUGAACCUAUUCUCUAUCGACCACCAGACCGUGUCUUGGGAGAAGUGUUCCCAACGAUGUGGUAUGCUUCACCGAUCGCCCUCACAGGCAUGCAACACAUGAUGAUAGCAAAGAUGAUUCUCACCGCAGAGUCACCUCUCCUCUCACGAGCCGAGGAUGUCCGCGCCGCAUACCGCAAAGCCGAAGGCGAAGUGCGAAACCUAGUCCUCCAAGUCUGUGGCACCGCGGUCCAACAUCCCGAUACUCAACCUGGUCUAGUAAAUGCCAUUCUAGCUAUUCAAAUGUACGGGAGUUAUUUCACUGAUCCAUGGGAACAAGAAGCACUCAAGAAGACGGUCGAGAUGUUUAAGGGCUGUCAGGCUUGGCCGUUGCCUAAAGCGUUGAAAGAGCGAUAUUGUAAGUCAUAGCGGGUUUGCUCGGAUCAGGUUGAGUCUCAUUGGUUAGAGAAGAAGUCAUGUCGUAUUCGCUGAUAUCCCCCCUGUGCGUUCUGUUGUGUUGAU